AUGAGGCUUCUGCACGACAGCUUCUUCUACCACUCAAAUGCCAGGUCCGGUGCUGCAAGCGACCUCCAGAAUGAGAAGAAACUUAUUGCUGAGGAGCAGAAAGUCUGCCAGGCCCGAGCUCGCAAGUUUUGCCUGGAGACCAAACGACGCAGGAAGGCGUCGGAGGACAGACAGAAGCAGAGGGACGAGAAGGAGGAGCAGGCCAGGGAGACGAUCCUGCAGCAACGCAGGGAGAGAGUGCAGGAGGCUACCGAGCGCUUCCAGAGAGGACACCUGCCUCCCUCUCAGAGAAGGAGACGAACUUUUACAAAAGACGUUCCAAAUAUUGAGGAUGCCCUCAGUCAACUUCAAGGCCCUGUGGGUGGUAACACCCAGCAGUUGUCAUACCUGUCCAGAAACCACAACAUUAACAGAAACUGCAAUCCCUCUCUUCAGUCCACCCACGGCCAAGCUCUCUCUGUUGUGGAGGUCCAGACCAAAAUGCUCCUGGAGGAGAGGAUGACCUUCUCCAAGAACAGCAUAGAAGAUGACGAGACACAAGAGAAGCAGCAGAAUUACAGCCCACAGGACAGCCACGUGUCGGACGUCUGUAAGGACAGUUUGGAGAAUGAGGACAACAACAAUGCUGGAGAUAAUCUGUGGAAUUCCCGCUUUUACCUGUUCGACUCACAAAAGCCGCCGCAUACAUCAGACCUCACUUCAUCAGCAAUGCGGCUUCCCGAUGGAAACUUGGCCCGAUCACAAAAGCAGCAGGAGCCUCAGCAGAAAACACAAGAUGAGUCAGAGGGGCCUAACAAUAAGAUGCACAUUUUCAACGCCCCCUGGGGGUUCAGGUCUGAGCAGACGCAGAAGCCAGAGACACAACCUGCAGUGAACGGCGACAAUCAGGCAAACUCCACACGAAACAAUGCCAGAGACAACAUCAAUUUCGUGAACACAGUUACACCCGACAGCACAGCACUUGACUCGUCAUGUCCAAAACCAGAGGCUCCGUUGGAUCUCCGACAGCAGCGAGUCCACGAUGACAGACCCUUCGUACAUCCGUCGGCUACAGAGAUUCUUCUUCCUGCCAAAAACGGCAACGGCAAAGAGAUUUCGUCGGGGGCUCCCCCAAAGCCAAAUAUUUUCCUAUAUGAUAGCAACAUAGAUAAUUCCUCACGAUACGGAACACUUUGGCACACGGGCAAAGAAAACCACCAUCUCUCAUCCCAGAAAGAGCCCAGCGCUUCCUAUAUUAACUUCAAUAAGUUUUUAUACCCGGAGCCCGUGCUGCAACAUGCUCGCCCGUCCAACAUUCAGGCAGACGCUCUCAAAUGCUUCAAGCAUCCCGAGGAGGGAGAAGGAAAGUUGCCUCUCUCACUCGGGGAGCCGCGUUCAACGUGUAACGUCAGAUUCCUUAAGGGGAUUCUUAAAAAGACGUCCAGAUACGAGUCGGGAGAUUCAGCGUGUGUGCACGGCUCAGGCCGAGAGAUCUUUGCAGAACAAGUAGCUUUAGCGAUCAAAGAUAGUGUUGAAUUGAUCCGGGUUAAGAUGAAUAAGGUGAAGUGCAACCCUACCAAAAAGAAGGUGCAUUGGUUCGAUGAGGUUUAUGAGGUGAAAGAGCAGAAUAAAUACAGGUCUGCCAUCCCGUCUCAGUCAAAGAAAAACCCAGAGGACCACCAGCAAAGUCUUGCUCCAGUCCCAGGGGCCCCCAAGCCUGGACCCAGCGUGACCCCUGCAGCCUCCACUGGUUAUCACUUUACCAAGCAAGCGUGGGCAGAUGUUGGGGUUCAAGUCAGUUUACCCCGGGAUAGAGCAGAGGAGGUCAAGGUGCUGCAGAACGCCACCAGGUCCACCGGCCCCAAGGCCCCUUGGAGAGAGAGCUCCGCCCGAGCCAGAGCGGCUCCUGUUUCCUCCGGGGCUAGAAAGGGCACCGUCAUACGACCUCAAUCUGCCACCGAGCUGAAUCGGAUUGCCAAAACACAAGGGAGGACCAUGGUGCCCCGCCCACCUCCCCGGAUGGAAGCGGUGGAGGAGGAGAAGAUGGCGUAUGUCGCCAAGGCUCCAUAUGGCGUGGAUCACACGUGUGGUGUCAACAGUAAACACGCCGGGGCUGGAGAGCCGGCCCAGCGCAGGGACGCCUCGGGAGGCUCACAUCAUGUAAUCAGAACAGAUAGCGGUGUUGUGCACACACCGCUGCCCCCCCCGUACACAUGCCCCGGCUCAGAGGGCAUGGCGAAGAGCAAGCUUAGCUCAGGUCACCAGGAAACUCCGAGGAGAAGAGGCACGGUGUCCAAUGAAAGGGCUCUCUGUUUAGACUUCACUCCCACGGACGAGGAGAUCUCACAGCUCUGGCACGGCGUCCGCAGCGCCUUGGCCAUCAAGGACGUUGACCCUAAAACCUUCCUGCCUUACAAUGGCCCCUUGUCUGCCGCGCCUCGAGCCCAGGCCAAUAAUCUGUCCCAUGUUGCCAUCAGCAGCGUCGCGGUGUUAUCAGCCACAAAAAAACUCGCCCCCAGAUUCAAGGCGCCGGAAAGUGGGCGUGUCUUCAGGAAACCCUGCUCGGAGCAGUGCAGACAGUCUCCUGGCUCCGGGAACAGGAGGCCUCCUCCUCCUCAGACCUGUCAGCCAUCCAAACAGUCGACGGAGCCAGGCCGAAUGUUUCCCAAUACGUGCAACGUGGCCUUGACACAUGAAGCCCAGUUACACCUGGCUGAAGGACACGCUGCCGGCCGACUGGAGGAAAGAGAGAUGGUAGCUGCCAUGGAAACGGCCCAAACACAGGGCUUCACCACCAUCUCCCUGGAGGAGCAGAAAGUCCUUCUCUCGCUGGAGAAGCUCGACCACCGGCUGCACCGUGUGCAGAAAAACACGCGAUGCCUCGGGCUGACGGAUGCUGCCUGUACAAAGGAGAUGAAAGUCACAAACCACCACAAACCCCGUGCAUCCUCGGCUAACGUCCCCCUCUGGUACCUGAAGAAGUCCUGA